CGGAAACGGUAGAUGUCACUGUCAACAUAGUCUUCUUGUUUAAAUUUGAAUUUUAGUGGAAAUUUCAAAAGUUGAAUAUGAAAAAUUAUAAAUUGUUGGGACGAGCAGGCGAAGGAGCUCAUGGCUUCGUGUUCAAGGGUAUGGAUCUGAGAGAUCGGACCGUAGUGGCACUCAAGAAGAUCGCAGUUAAUCCCAAUGCGCCUAUACCCAAAAAUGUUAUGAGAGAAAUUCUUGCUCUCAGAGUACUGCAAUUCAAGAACAUUGUGAAAUUACUGGAAGUGACUUGUGUGGGUAGCUCUGUUGUUUUGGUAAUGGAAUAUUUACCAUGGUCUCUUAUGGAUGUACUCAAAAAAUCUGAAAUUUCUUUGCACCUGCCUCAAAUCAAAACUUAUACUAAGAUGAUAUUAAAUGGUGUACACUAUAUACACCAAAAUAAUAUAAUGCACAGAGACUUGAAGCCAGCCAAUCUUCUGAUAAGCAAAAAAGGAGUUCUGAAAAUUGCAGAUUUUGGUCUUGCCAGGAUAUAUGAUGUUGAGAACAAGCAGCGGUUGUAUUCCCACCAAGUAGCUACAAGGUGGUACAGAUCACCAGAACUUCUUUAUGGAUCCAAAACAUACACUCCUUCUGUUGAUUUAUGGUCAGUCGGUUGUAUAGUCGCUGAGAUGAUCGAAAGACAUCCACUUUUUCCAGGGGAAACAGAUAUUGAACAAUUGGCUAUAGUCUUGGGCACGCUGGGAACCGCCAAUGAAGAGAACUGGCCAGGGCUGAAGGAUUUGCCUGAUUACAAUAAGAUAGCCUUUUCAGAAAGUGAGCCAAAAAGUUGGAGGAUCGUCAUUCCAAAUGCAGAUGAAGUCACAUUGGAUUUGAUCAGUAAAAUAUUGAUCUAUGAUGGAAGUAAAAGGCUAACUGCAAAACAGGCACUGCAGCACAGGUUUUUCCAAGAAAAACCACUCAUGUGUAAACUAUCAGAGAUGCCCAAACUUGAGGAAGAAAAAACACCAGAUUGUGUUUGGAAUUUUAGCGAAUUCGACGAGUUUAUUGGUGAAAUGAAUGAUGAAAUUCUUUGUGAGAAAGAAGGGCAAUAGUAAAUUAUUUGUUCUCCACUUGAAUCCGUCCGAAAACUGUAACACUACAUUAUGAAAAGAUAUUUUGUUCCCAAUAAAUCUAGUGGGUAGUAAUAUUUAUAAAUAAUUUUCAUUAGUAGGUUGAUUCUGUGUUAUAAAGGUACCUACCUCUAGUUGAAUAUAAUUCAAGGAGGCUUUAAAUAAUUAUGCAUUGAAAUAUUUUGUUAUGACAUAUUUUAAGAAUAAUAAAAGUGUACCACCUACAUACAGGGUGUCCGCUAAAAGGAGGUCAAUCCAUUAACCAUAUAUUCCUUGAAUUAAAGCAAUAUGAGUUUCUAAAUACCAUUUUUCAUUUUAGCCCUUCAUAUUCGAUAUACAGGGUGUCAAAGUUGGAAAUUAAAAACUG